AUGACUUGUUUGUUUCCACAGGAUUAUAACUGUAAUACGGAAGGAGCUACGGACAGAUAUCCACGCCUGUGGUUAUCUGACUUUACUGAGAUUGAGGGCGAUAUGUUUGCAGCUCUUGUAAAGUCCAGUCUACGUUAUCGACCUGGCACGGCCUAUGAUGCUGUUCUAGUAUUCACCGCGUAUCAGCAAUUUUGUGAGGUGCUUGGUUCAAUUUUGGGUGCUUUGAAAUCCAUUUGCAACGUAAUUGGAAUGACAAAGAUGACCCCAGCUAUCAAAGAUCUCUUGCCCAGGGUGACACCCAUAUUGAAGAAUCGUCACGAAAAAGUACAAGAAAACUGCAUUGACCUCGUCGGCGCAAUCGCCGAUCGUGGAUCAGAGUUUGUGUCGGCUCGUGAAUGGAUGCGCAUCUGCUUUGAACUUUUCGAAUUGCUAAGGCACAUAAGAAGAGUAUACGACGGGCUGCGAUCAAUACUUUUGGAUUCAUUGCGAAGGCCAUCGGUCCCCAUGACGUUCUAG